GUGAAGGAUUCAUCAGAUAUUCAACUCAAAUUUGUGUCAAAUGAAGGUUAGCAAUUCUGCUAAAUAUCCCAUAUUAUAAACAAGCGUUUCUCAAAAGAAAAUUGAAAAAUAAGUACAAUAAUAGGCAAAUGGAUCUAAUAUUCUUUUUUCAUUGGAAUGGAUCUAAUAUUAUAAUCUUGACCCCGCAAAAAAAAUUCUAAUCUUGAGAAACUCAAAAUGUUUUUGAACACUGAUGAAAUUUGAAACGAGGUGCCAGUGUGCCACAAAACAUGUAUAUUGCCGCGAUAUGCGCCAUGCGGCCAUGCCGCCAUGUGCUCCUCCCCUGAUGCAUGGGUUCCCAGAUGACAGUCGACCAGUCGCCCAGCCAGGAGCAGCCUUCCUCCAGGCCUCGUCUCGUCCUUCCACACCACGUCCAGGUCAUUUCCGCCUCCUUUUUUAAUAGAGGAAGAGCGGAAGACAUGGCGAAGCACGUCGCUGGAAGGACAUGAUCUACGCACACAAGCCAUUAUAGCUCGGGGAAGAGACUCACAGAGAGGAAGUGCUCCCGGUGCUUCCCUGCUCGUUUGGCUGCUCGCCGGCCGCGUCCGCCAUGGGGAAUUGCUUCGGCUCCGAUGACGGCGAGGUGGAGGCCGUCAAGGUGAUGGCCCGUCAUGCGCUGCCACAAGCGGCAAUGGCGAGACCGGUCAUGGUCGCGAUCGCGCAGCCCAAUGCACGCGUCGCGAUGAGCCCAGGGCGGCCACCAACUGGUAAGUUGCCGAGCCAGGCCACAGCCACAAGCACCGGCGGCGGGCGAUCGGUGGCUGGUGGUGGAGGCCGGACGAACGCCGGCGGCGACGCCAGCGCGGAGGGGAGGAUCCUGGAGGCGCCCAACCUCCGGAUCUUCACGUUCGCCGAGCUCAGGGCCGCCACGAGGAACUUCAAGGCGGACACCGUCCUCGGCGAGGGCGGGUUCGGGCGGGUGCACAAGGGGUGGGUGGACGAGAGGACCAUGAGCCCCGCGCGGAGCGGCUCCGGCAUGGCCGUCGCCGUCAAGAAGCUCGAUCCGGAGAGCUUACAGGGCGUGCAAGAAUGGCAGUCCGAGGUGAAUUUUCUGGGGAGACUUUCACAUCCCAACCUGGUGAGGCUACUGGGCUACUGCUGGGAGGACAAGGAGCUACUGCUUGUGUACGAGUACAUGGCCCAAGGCAGCUUGGAGAACCACCUCUUCAGAAGUGAGCCACGCAAGGGCGGAAGCGCGUCGCCUCAGCAGCCGCUGUCGUGGAGCCUCCGGCUGCGCAUCGCCAUCGGCGCGGCCCGCGGGCUGGCGUUCCUCCACUCGUCGGAGAAGCACGUCAUCUACCGAGACUUCAAGGCCUCCAACAUCCUCCUCGACACGCAAUUCCACGCGAAGCUCUCCGACUUCGGGCUCGCCAAGGACGGGCCGGCCGGCGGCAGCAGCCACGUGACGACCCGCGUGAUGGGCACCUACGGCUACGCGGCGCCGGAGUACGUGGCGACGGGCCACCUGUACGUGAAGAGCGACGUGUACGGCUUCGGCGUCGUGCUGCUGGAGCUCCUGACGGGGCUCCGCGCGCUCGACGCCGGGCGGCCCAGCGGGCAGCACCACCUGGUGGACUGGGCCAAGCCAUUCCUGUCCGACCGCCGGAAGCUGGCUCGGCUCAUGGACCCGCGCCUCGAGGGGCAGUACUCGUCCAGGGGCGCGCAGCGUGCGGCGCAGCUCACGCUCCGGUGCCUCGCCGCCGACCACAAGAACCGGCCCUCCAUGAGGGAGGUCGUCGCCGUCCUCGAGGAGAUCGAGUCCAUGUCCAGGGGCGGCAGCGGCGGUGGCGCCCCCGGCUCGGCGUCCCCGCGUCCCGCGGCACGGGGCGGCGGCGGCGGCGGCGCGCACGGUUACGGCCAGUCGCCGCGGCCGGGGUCGGACUGGGCUGGCCCGGCCGCUGGCCACCCGUCUCCGAGAGUGAGAUAGCGUAAGAGCGACCGGCGCUUGCAGCUGCUGCAGAUCGUGGGCAUACGCAAUGCUUUUGCUGCACCAUAUGCUUUGGUCUUUUCUGAUCCUCGAUCGUUCUUCCCUGAUGUCCGAACGGAACACUUGAAUCCUUUCAUGUGACCGAUUUCUCGGGAAAGAAACACAGAAAUCUUUGGUGUGCCAUAUGGACAUAGAGCGUAAUUUCUAGAUGAGGGGGAAAAAUUAACAUCUUGCGGAUGCCGUUGAUAAUGAUGUAAAUAUAUAUUGAUAUGUUUAUACACUAUAUAUACUUAGUGGAAACAGAAUAAA